AUGUCUCGUGCCCUCGCAUCCAGCCACACGCUUAUCGACGAUAAGCUUAUUCCUGCCACGGUCAUCUACUCACUUGAGCUGGGCUGCAUUCUUCACAUCACCAAGCGCAUUCUCCAGAACCACGACUCCUUGCUCAAAUCGUAUGCGGUUGACGCGGAAAACUUCAAAGACGUGUCGCCUUUGGUGGUGAUGCCGGGGUUGGUCGAUGCCCAUGUGCACUUGAAUGAGCCCGGCCGCACGGAAUGGGAAGGCUUCGCCACCGGAACACAGGCUGCUGCCGCCGGCGGUGUCACCACGGUGAUAGACAUGCCUUUGAAUGCCAUCCCCCCCACCACGACCAUAGAGAAUUUCAACUUGAAGAUCAACGCCGCAAAGGGCAAAACAUGGGUCGACGUUGGCUUCUGGGGCGGCAUGGUCCCGUCCAACCUCAGCGACUUGAAGCCCUUGAUCCGCAUGGGGGUCCGCGGGUUCAAAGGCUUCAUGAUCGACUCGGGUGUUGACGAGUUUCCGGCAAUCAACCCGCAGUACAUCAUGAAGGCCAUGAAGAAAGUGCAGGGCGAGCAGACCGUGUUGAUGUUCCACGCGGAGAUGCAGCCGCACAAGUCUCACCUGCUCCCUGUGCUCGUGGAGCAGCACGGGAACUCGAUUCCUAAAUUGGUGCGGAACGAGAGCCACGCCCACUUCUUGCUUGACGAGAAUACUAGCGGGGCGUCGGAGUCCGAAGAUAUCGAGUCGUGCCGCAGCGACAGCGACCACGACACCACCGAUGUCUCCUUCUCAAUCGACCAGUCGGACAACGGAAUCGCUCACAACGUCGAGGCCCUCGAUCUAGGCAUGUCGGCCUCGUUCAUCACCAGGGCCCCGAAGCCUGUGGUCAACUUGUUGAACAGACACAAAUCUUCAAGUGCAGAUUCCAAGGACCACGAGGCUCCGCCCAGAACCAACCGGUUCGUUGACGACGGGUCCUUGACUGAGCAACAGAUCAAGGCCUUGGCCAAGUCUCCGUACUUGCAAGCCUCGGAGCCCCAGUUCGGUAGGCUUGCGCGGUUGGCCAACCCAAAUCACGAAAGAGAGGCGAGCUUGGACAAGUUCCGGUCGCCGUUGGCGAAACCGUUGGAUUUCGACUCCGAGAAGUUCAUGGAGAACCUCGACGAGCCUUUGAAAAUGGCCCAGCAGGAGGAUACGGACUUGGCCGACGUCAACCCCACGUUCUACUCGUCCUUCUUGGCGUCGAGGCCAGACAGUUUCGAGACCACGGCCAUUGCGGAGAUCGUCAACUGCUCCAUGAAAAACCCGCUUGUUCCGCUCCACAUCGUGCACUUGGCGACCAACGAAGCCGUUCCCUUGAUAAAAGCCGCCAAGGCCCGCGGGUUGCCGAUAACUGCCGAGACCUGCUUCCAUUACUUGUCUCUCACAGCCGAGAAAAUAUCAAACUGCUCUACCCACUUCAAGUGUUGCCCACCUAUCCGGACCGAGGGGAACCGGCAGCUUCUAUGGAAGGCGCUCCGAAACAACGUCAUUUCAACAGUCGUCUCGGACCACUCGCCAUGCACGCCCGAUUUGAAGGGAUUGGAGAAGGGCGAUUUCUUUUCUGCCUGGGGAGGCAUCUCGUCGGUGGGAUUCGGCUUGCCCAUUCUUUUCACCGAGGGCCAGAAGUUGAGCCCUCCAGUAAGCAUCGCCGAGAUUUCGAAAUGGUGCUCAUGGAACACCGCCAAACAAGUCGGGCUUUCCCACAAGAAGGGAAAGAUUGCAGUCGGAUUCGACGCGGACUUGCUUGUCUUCGACCCUACAGCAAGCUAUGUGGUUUCCAAUGAGCAGGUUUUCUUCAAAAACAAGUUGACGGCGUAUGAUGGAAUGCAAUUCCAAGGACGAGUGGUCGAAACCUACGUCAGAGGGCACCCGGUGUUUUCAUUCCAGGUGGGACAUUCGGAGAUGGCCAAAGGGAAAUUAAUAUUGGAGCCCAGAUCUUGA